AGAAAAUGAGACUGAGUCAAGUCACCUUUGCCCUAGCGGGCUGCGCAAUCCAGAUGGCCAACAGCUCACCUUGCAUACCGCCACCUCUGGAAGCGACGGCAUUUGCACUUACUUACGGCUAUCCAAUCCGGCAAUACUCCCUUCUUGUGAAAUCCUAUCUUGGAUCCACCGGCCCCAAUGUCGGCUUGAAGCGGCGGGCAUUCUAUCCGGCCAAUACAACAGAGCCUGCAAUAAGGGUCAAUGUCGACACGUUAUACAUCACCGGGUACGUUGAUUUGUCAAGCGACAAUGUCAUCUUCACCUACCCGGAGCCAAAGGAUGAUCGAUUCUAUUCCUUUACAUACUUUGACCUCUAUGGCAACAACAUUGCGACUCUCGCCAGCAGCUUAGACUCGACGCCGGGCAAAUACAUGCUGCGACCUCGGGACGGUGAAUGCAAUGACAAGUCUGCUCAAGAUGAGUCAGUUCAAGGAUACAUCAACUCCCCAACCACCUACGGCUUCUUCGCCUACCGGUUCUGGAUCAAAGACAAGAAUAACGCCACUGAACUUGACCUCGUUCACGCCAUGCAAGACGAGAGCACCAUCACCCCCGUCCCGCGAACCUGGCACUCCUUUGCAAACGCCGCACCAGCACUCACCAACGAGACCCUCAAGGAAACCCUCGGCAGCACAUACUCGCCCUCGGGGAUCCUCAACGUCCUAGCCCGCAUCAGCGCCACAAACCCACCCAUCGAAGCCUCCGACUGGGCGCGCGUCAACAGCAAGCUCUCGGCGGCGGGCCUCUCCAACGGCAUCUACACGCCCCCCGCGGACGUCGACCUCUCCGCCGCCGACUCCCUCGCCGACGCCCUCGUCGCCUCGGCGCUCGCGUCCCCGCGAGGACAGCGCGACCUCGGCAACGGGUGGGAGGUGGCGUUCCCCGAGACGGCGGGCAACUUCAGCACCGACUACGAGGCGCGGUCGUACCUGGCGCAGCGCCUGUACGGCCUGUUGACCCCCGACGUGGCGCUGUACCCGGCUUACGUGCGCGACACGGUUGGGGACAACCAGAACCUCGUCGUCGGCGCCGGCGAGGCGUACCUGCUGACCUUCUCGGGCAGGCCGCCGCUGGCGGAGAAGGGGUUCUGGAGCAUCACGGCCUACGAUGAGAACCAGUAUUUGAUCCCCAACGGCAUCGAUGUGCAGAGCUUGGGAAGUGCGAGCAAUAUGACGUAUCCCGAUGGCGAGCCAAUUUAUCGGAAUGGUCGGGAAUACGGCCCCGAUGGGCAGUUCCAGAUCUUGCUGCAGCCGGCUGGGCUGUAUCCGCCCGCUAACUGGACGAGCAACUGGCUACCCGUGACGCCCGGCGGUGGAGAGUUUACCGUCACUUUGAGAUGGUACGCGCCUCAUGAGGCAUUAAUGGAUGGCUCGUACGAGUACCCGAUAUUCACCAAGAUCAGCGCCAUCACUCCGUAACUGCUCCGUUCAGACUCGCCCCGGUGGCGCGGAACCCGAACCCUCCCCCGGGUUGGGCAUCACACUCACCACAGAUCAAACCCGCAAAUUCUGAGCUUGUGAUGAUCAGCUGGCAGAGUGGUGGAUGAAAGAUAAUUACUCUCCUGAACAGGCCCCCUCGGAAGGACGAUCAAGAAUCGGCCACAGGACUGAUCAGAGGACGCGGUGGACCGUAAUUAUGGAUGAAAGGGUCUGGAUAGUCGAAUAGAGCACUUUUGAGUUACAGAAAGGCGACCGAG